AUGGGAUACGCAGAGGCGUGGGCCGGUCUCAACACAGCUGAGUCCUUGGGCACGCACCUGGACAGCCCUGGGGUUGUCAGCAAGAUACAGAAAUGGCUUCAUGAUUGCGAGACGCUCCAUGACAACGAGCAUUGCCGUGAAGCAGCGAAGACCGUCUUACCAAGCAAGGUGAUAGCAGUUGGAAGUCUCGAUGAGCCGUUUCUGCGCCUCGAACAAACCAGUGGCCGGACCGGAAAGUACAUUGCGCUCAGUCAUUGCUGGGGCGGGUGCAAUGAGGGUCAGACCUUGCAAAGCAACCUGACUGGAAGACUCCAGACAAUCGAUGAUUCUGAGCUGUCAAAGACGUUUCGCGAUGCCAUACGCUGUGCGAGGAAACUCGGAGUUCCACAUCUUUGGAUUGACUCGCUUUGCAUUAUCCAGGACAGCGCCAGCGACUGGGAAAGCAAGUCUGCACGGAUGUGUGACGUCUACUCCAAUGCCUACUUCGUGCUGGUCGCAUCAUCAGCGAUCGCCGAUAACGUGGGUUUUCUCAACGAAGUACCUGAACAAUACCGUGGGAUACCGCUCGAGUCGGCGCCGGCAAGCGGCUGCUACGACAUGGUGAUCCAACAGCAGAUUCCCCAUGCGACUGGACCAGCUGGCGCAGUCGGCUCACCGGCGCCAGUCGCCGCCAUCAACAUUGGACCGCUGGAAACACGUGGCUGGUGCUUUCAAGAGACAUUACUCGCUCGCCGUUCUAUCGGCUUCACGUCCUACGAGGUUGCUUUUGAAUGCCACGACCAUGUGGCGUGUGAAUGCAACAGCAGCAAUCGUACGGAUGCGGCCGGAAUUGACAGUGAAAGUAAAGAGACAAUCCAACAGCAGUGGAUGUACGUGGCUGCUGAAGACCUCGAUGGCGGCAACUCGGAGAAGCAUCUCUGGAGAAGACCACUGUCUCAGAUCACAAAUGUGGGUACGCUGUACAUGGAAUGGAGGCGGAUGAUCGUUCCCAACUACACCUCGAGACAGUUGACGUUUGCGUCUGACAAGCUGCCAGCCCUCUCCGGUAUCGCAGCUCUGGCACAUCGAUUGUGUCAAGACCAUCUACUCUGGCGAGCAGAUCAAUGGAGAAGCAGUCUCCCUGGCCCUGGUCCCUUAUUGUUCUGUCCAGACUAUUCAACCGGCCCCUCGUUCUCGUGGGCUUCAGUCGACGGGUCCAUCGUAUACAACGUACCGGAAGACGGACUUGGCGAUGUGCGCCUGAAAAUACUAGAUUGCCAGGUGGAGCUUGCAGGAGAGCAGAAGAAUCGUUUCGGUGCACGCUCUGGAGGCUGGAUGCGGGUUCGUAAAUCCUUUCAGUUCCAUCUGCAAGGUCGCUGCAUCAGGGACGGGUCUUCGGAUGACUAUACUCUGAAGCCCGCGUGGUCGGAGGGAGGAAUGGAGGACACCGAAUUCGAUCCAGAUUGUUUGCUCUCUGAACUCAGCACACACAGUGAACGCGGUGUCAGCAAGUUCAUCGCUCGAGCGAAAAGGGGCCAGGAGUCAGGAAAGACCUUCAGCGGUCAAGUAACGGGGAUCAUGAUGGCCGAGGUACCUCGUGAUAAGAGAGGGUGGUAUCAGUGCGCCAUGGUAAUUGUUAGUGAGAAUGGAGGUGCUUCGAACACGCAUCAGCGUAUUGGCUUUGCAGCGCUCAAGUCUAAGACUUUUGAGGCGGCACGUGAGUACGUCCGUCUUGCUCCUAUUCGCGAGUUCUUGAUCGUGUGA